AUGAACAUCGUUAAUAUAAUAUAUCCCAAUGACAAUUAGUUGUAGUUAAACACAUUUGCUUAGUAAAUUCGCUCGGAUCUUCAGUAGCACAACUGCCACUUGUUGUAUAAAUUGGACAUUUAAAAUUCUAAUAUCGAUGCUUUCCCUUGUAAUUCAUGCAAAGAUUCCGAUUUACAAUAUAUUUAGAAGGGUAGGCUGUAAACACCUUCAGAGCAGGAACACUCAAAACAUUUAAGCAUUUUUCAUCCUCGUCAAUCCAUAUACACUCCUAACCCAUGGUCCGAAUACUUCCACAUAAAAACUUAGAAAGGGCAUCAUUGCAUUCUAUUAUGUUUAAUUAAUAAUCGUAAAUUAGUUUGCACUAGUUUAAAUCCACAUCCCAUUAGCAAGGCUAAGCCAUAUAUAUACAAUAAUAACGAUUCACUCCUGGCUGAUUGCAUCCAAACUUAGGAAUACAACCAUAAAAAUCAGGUUGUCCAUCUAUCCACUAACAAAGAUUAGUAUCACAAUUGUCCUGCUCUUUACUUACACAGCUUGAACUACAAAUGGAGGGGAUCUAGGAUAUAUCCAAAUAGCUUCCUUAAUUUGCAUCAGUCACUGAAGCACAAUCCCUGUAAGUCUUAUAUUGUUGUGUUUGAGAUAAGCAACCCUAAGCUUCUUGUAGUUUCAGUUCUGAAAAUGUACAUGUUACUUCUUGUUCGUUAUUUCCAUCCAACAUAAUGGGAUAGCACUCUGCUUCUACGUAUUGA